UUCGCGCGUGGGAGUAACAAAAUCCUCGCGCUCGAUUUAAACACGUGUCAUUAUCUUAAACCUCCACGUCGGUCAGUCUCAUCCAAACUUAGAGAGAGAAAACUCUAUUUUCCUGAUUCGUUUUCUCGGGGAAAUUUUCUGGCAGAGUCGCGACGAGGAAACUGGACCAUGAUUCUGAGGAAAGUAUGGGGAUCGAUGUGGAGCCGAUCGAAUAGUAACAAGGAAUCGGCGAGUCAGGGUCCUCUGUCGACGUCUCUUGGCGCGUUCGAUGAUCUCCCGAUGGAUAUUCUAAUCCAGAUUCUGAUGUUGAUGGAGCCAAGAGACGCGGUGAAAUUGAGCUUAGCUUGCAAAGCGUGGAGAUGUUUGGCUUGUGGUAAUCGUCUCUGGAUAUUCUAUCUCCAGUGUUCGCAGGAGUCGUGGGACUCCAUCUUCUUCGGGGAAACUAGUUUGCGUUCUGGUUAUCCUCUCCGAAUGCUUUCUAGCCAAUCAGGGGAGUUGUCUUUCAUGCGCAUUUAUGGACAGAGGGCACAAGUCCCUGGCUCUAUCAUUAUCGAUGGUGGUUCUGGAUAUUGCAAAUUUGGUUGGAGCAAGUAUGCUUCACCUUCUGGACGUUCUGCUACUUUUCUGGAAUUUGGCAACAUCGAGUCACCCAUAUACGCUAGGCUUCAACAAUUCUUUGCAACCAUUUUCACCAGGAUGCAGGUUAAGCCCUCUAUGCAGCCAAUAGUGGUGUCACUGCCCCUCUGUCAUUUUGAUGAUACUGAAUCAGCCAAGGCAUCAAGGCGACAACUUAAGACUGCUAUCCUAAAUGUCUUGUUUGACAUGAAUGUUCCUGCUGUGUGCGCAGUUAAUCAGGCUGUUUUAGCCCUAUAUGCUGCACGGCGGACAUCAGGAAUUGUUGUUAACAUUGGUUUUCAAGUCAUAACCAUUCUUCCAGUUUUGCAUGGCAAGGUGAUGCGCCAGAUAGGUGUUGAAGUCAUUGGUUUUGGAGCGUUGAAACUCACGGGAUUCCUUAAAGAAAAGAUGCAAGAGAACAAUAUUACCUUCCAAUCGCUCUACACUGUUCGUACCUUAAAAGAGAGCCUGUGUUAUGUGGCGCUCGAUUAUAAAGCUGAACUUUCAAGGGACACACAAGCUUCAAUGAAAAUUGCGGGUGAAGGAUGGUUUACUCUGUCAAAGGAGCGUUUUCAGACAGGAGAGAUAUUAUUCCAACCACGUAUUGCUGGACUGCGUGCAAUGAGUUUGCACCAGGCAGUCGCGCUCUGUAUGGACCAUUGUGAUGCAGCAGGAGUUACAGGUGAUGAUAGCUGGUUCAAGACUGUAGUAUUGGCUGGAGGAAGCGCAUGUUUGCCAGGACUUGCAGAAAGGCUAGAGAAAGAACUGCAUGACCAUCUUCCUUCUUAUAUAUGCAAUGGAGUCAGAGUGAUCCCUCCUCCUUGCGGCGUAGACUCAGCGUGGCAUGGAGCAAAGCUUAUCAGUAACUUAAGCACGUUUCCUGGUCCUUGGUGUAUCACAAGGAAGCAGUUCCGUCGCAAAUCAAGACUAAUGUGGUGAAUCUCUCAGGAACUUUACGUUGUUUACCUUCACAAAGACUGAGCUAUUCGGUUUGUAAGUGAGAGGCAGGUAACAGUUGCCUGCAAAUAGUUACAGUGUACUGAUUGUAUAGGUAUAGACUUAUAGUGUUCCGUUAUUGAUGGUUCUCCAUAGCCAUAGAAAACCAUUAUGAAGAAUUAAUAAGUUUGUUAUACAUAUUGUAUUUAAAUAACUUGUUGAAACCUCUGGCUGAUUUAUAUAUAUAGAGAUAUGGUUAUCAUUUCACAAUCUGCUUUUACUUCAUUGGUCGGCUAAUAGAAGAAGAGACAAUGGAUACACAAAGGUCCUACGAAUAAAUAUAUAUCAUUAGAAGUAUCUGAAGUUCCCUAAACCAAAAGAUAUACGGAGACCAUAACAGAAACGGGAAUCCAAACAUGAGAACUAGCGGUGGCACUGGCUGCGUUUAGGUCUGCUUCUGAAUUGGGAGGCAUAGCAGGGCAUUCAAGUCCUUCUUUACCUUCUCGACACUGGUUAGCGAAAAGUCCAGGUGGGUAUUUUCCAUAGAUAUUGAUGUAAUUGAACAUAGUGCUUGCACAAUUUGUGGUCAGGUCGUCGAUCUCUUCGGCGUAUGGACACGCAAAGUCCUUAAAGGAAGAGCAACAUUCCUUUGCUGGGAAUCUGGGACCUUUGCAUU